AUGAGCUCUCUGGACCAGUCAGGGACGGACGAGUGGCUGCCAGUGGAGGUGGAGCAUCAGGACGACUUUGCCGCCCUCAUGACUGCCGUCCACGCCACCCGCACCAGCCGCCUCGUUGCCUCGGGAUCGUCUCUCAUGGAGCAAGCUCAGGGCCUCACUGCCUCGCCUGCUGCCUGGGGGCAAGAGCUGCCCCGGCUGUCACGACUGCGGGUACGACAGGCAAAGGAGCUGGAGCUGAGGAUUGAGUCGACUGAAAGCACACGCCCUCUCGUGCCUCACACCUCACUACCUUCUCUCUCCCAUUCGCCUUCCUCCCCUUCCUGA